GUAGGAAGAAAGCUUCAUUUUCCGGGAAAACCUUGGCUCCCCGUAGAAUUUCGCCGCGCCCCCACGAACAUCCGAAUUCUCGGCAACCAAUAGAAGAACAGUGCGGCUGCUCGCAGGAGCCCGAUCUUGCUCCUUCAGACCCGCACCCCCAGGAGCGAUCAGACAAUUGCAAUGCCCAGUGGGAGAGCAAAGGACGGGCUUCUCGGCCACGCCUGCGCAGUGGGUUCUGCUGAGGUCGCGUCUAGUCAGCCGGCUUUGCCAGUACCGGUAGCUGCCGCAAAGAUUUGGCCUCCUAACGAUAAAGAUGGCUGAUCCUUGGGAAGGAUGCAUGAACUACGCAGUUGCUUUAGCAAGAAAAGCCGGAGAGAUAAUCCGGGAGGCAUUGACAGAGGAUAUAACUGUCAUGGUUAAAAGUUCUCCAGCAGAUCUAGUCACAAUCACUGAUCAAAAAGUGGAAAAUAUGAUUAUAUCUUCUAUAAAAGAAAAAUAUCCAUCUCACAGCUUUAUUGGAGAGGAAUCUGUUGCAGCUGGUGCAGGAAGUAUUUUGACAGACAAUCCCACUUGGAUUAUUGACCCUAUAGAUGGAACAACUAACUUUGUCCAUAGGUUUCCUUUUGUAGCAGUUUCAAUUGGCUUUGUAGUAAAGAAACAGAUGGAAUUUGGAAUUGUGUACAGCUGUGUAGAAGACAAGAUGUAUACUGGCCAGAAAGGAAAAGGAGCCUUUUGCAAUGGGCAGAAGCUCCAAGUGUCAAAACAACAAGAUAUUACAAAAGCACUCUUAGUAUCAGAACUGGGAUCCAGCCGUGAUCCAGAAGUUAUAAAAACAGUUCUUUCUAACAUGCAAAGGCUCCUUAGCAUUCCUAUUCAUGGGAUUAGAGCAGUAGGGACAGCAGCUAUUAAUAUGUGUCUGGUGGCAACAGGAGGAGCCGACGCCUAUUAUGAGAUGGGGAUUCACUGCUGGGAUAUGGCAGGAGCUGGAAUUAUCAUUCUUGAAGCAGGGGGAGUGCUGCUCGAUGUCUCAGGAGGACCAUUUGAUUUGAUGUCAAGAAGGAUAAUUGCUGCAAAUAGUCAAGCAAUAGCAGAGCGGAUAGCAAAAGAGAUUCUGAUCAUUCCUUUGCAAAGGGAUGAUGCAGUGAAUUAAACAUCCUAUCUCACA